AUGGAUUCGAGAUCAUCAUCAAAUACUGCGUCUACAACAAGUAAACUCACUAAUAGCUAUUUUUUUUAUGGUACACAUCCAUUGAAAGUUCCAACCGGCGUAAUUCAUUCGAAUUCUGCUAAUCAUAUAUCAGCAACAUCGGAUCAAAAUACACAUCAUUUAUCACUUAAUUCUGCGAAUUCUCAUAAUAGAUUUUCAUCAAAUUCAGAAUUAUCAACAACACAAUCAUUACGUAAUUUUCCCCAAUCUUAUCGAGAUGAAGAUGCAAUUAGUGAGGUUUUUGAAGAUGCCGUAGAAUGUUUUGACGAUGAUCAUAACGAAAAUAAUUCUCAUAGACGAUCAUCAUUAAAACAAUAUGAAACACCAGCAAUUGAUUUAUAUCAAAUGUUUAACGAAUGUCAAGAAAUUACUAGACUUUUCUUUGGAAACCAUCUCAAUGAAGCACUUAAAAGAACUAAAGCACAUAUAAUAAGUUAUUUGCAUGCAGCAAUGACAUUUAAUCACAAUGACAUUGAAACAGCAAUUCAAGCAUUACGUCAUACAAGUAAUAUGACUAAGACAUAUGAACCAUAUCGACCAUGGAUACCCUUUAGUCUUUCAGCUAAACCAGUCAUGACUGAAUAUGAACUACAUGCUAAAUUAGUCUAUGCUGAAGCAUUAUUGAUUCGAGCAUUGCUAACAUUUAUUCAAGAUCAAAGUUUAUUUAGUUUUAUCAGUGGUGCAUUAAAAAUAAAAGAAUGUCAUGAUAUAUUUUUAAAACUAUCAAAACACAAUGAUCCUUCGAAAUUUUCUUCAAGUUUAUCUCAUGAACAUUUCGAGAGUGGAAUUCGAUUUGGUACUGGUGCAUUUAAUUUGAUGAUUUCAAAUCUACCACAACGUAUAAUCAGAUAUCUUGAAUUUGCUGGUUUUUCAGGCAAUAGAGAAUUUGGUCUUAAUGAAUUAAAGAAAAGUGCAACUAGCAAUGGAUUACGUGCAUUAUUUUCAGCUUUACUUAUUCUUAGUUAUCAUACAUUUGUUACACAACUAUUUGGUAAUGCUGAUGGUGAUUUUGAAACUUGUCAUAUGUUAGUCGAAAGUUAUCUAAGAAUAUAUCCUAAUAAUAAUGCUAGAAUAUUUAUUUAA